AUGGCAGAUACAUAUAAUGCCAUAUCAAAAUUUAUAGGAAAUAAAAUAUCCGACUUCCUGUCAAGUGAUGACUACCUAAUGGACGACUUUUCAGGCGAGAUACCCAAUGAGGUGAGCAGAUUAUUAAAGACUCAAGCGAUUGAAAGGAGAAAGGAUAUCUUGAGUAGGGGGAAACAAGACUUGCUAAGCAAGGAGAUAUAUGAUAACGAAUCGGAAUUAAGGAUAAGACAAUCGCAACAGAUCAUGGAUCUCAUCGGGGACAUACCGAAAUAUUCCCUUGGGAGUGAAUUAAGAAUUAGAGUUGACGGGGAACCGCAAAGUACGUCAAUUGAGAGGUUGAUUGAGGACGUGUUGCAACUGCCGCAGAUGGAGGUAGUAGACGAAGAAGAAUCUGAAACGGAAAAUGACUUCAAAAUCCUGAAAGAGUAUAGUAAUUUAAGAAGAGACUUAAUUUUGAAAUGUCAAGCCAUCCAAGUAGGCGAAAGUAAACUAUCAGAAAUUAUGAACCAAGUAAACUCCAUAGGUUCCUUAAUCACCUCCAUCAGAGAAACCUCAGAGAAUGAUGACGUCGACGAGUAUUUUGCCACUUUUAACGGGAGACUAGUAUCUGCAUUGGAAGAGAUGAAGUUAUUACUGGAGGAAGCUAUCAAGACAUCCGAUGCCUCUCCGGGGAAGAGACAAAAAUUAAGAGAUAUUCUGAGUGAGUUGAAGAAGUAA